AUGGUUCAAGGGCCCAUGGGAAACUGUGCCAAGCGGCCCCGACACCGGGGGCCUAAGGACCGCUGGCAGUGGCCUGGUUCCCCCCCAGGGGGUUCCCACCAUGGCCUGGGCCCCAGCCCCAGCCCCGAGGAGCAGGGGGGCCCUGGGCCGGGCGUCCAGGGCUACUCUGUGCUCAGCAGCCUGGUGGGGCCCGCCUGCAUCUUCCUGCGGCCCAGCAUCGCCGCCACCCAGCUCGACCGGGAGCUGCGGCCAGAGGAGAUUGAAGAGCUUCAGGCCGCCUUCCAGGAGUUUGACCGAGACCGGGACGGCUAUAUCGGCUACCGGGAGCUGGGAGCCUGCAUGCGGACACUGGGCUACAUGCCCACCGAGAUGGAGCUGAUCGAGAUUUCACAGCAAAUCAGUGGCGGGAAGGUGGACUUUGACGACUUCGUGGAGCUCAUGGGUCCCAAGCUGCUGGCGGAGACUGCGGACAUGAUUGGCGUCCGGGAACUGCGGGAUGCCUUCCGGGAGUUCGACACCAACGGGGACGGCUGCAUCAGCUUGGGUGAGCUCCGGGCGGCCCUGAAGGCCCUGCUGGGAGAGCGGCUCAGCCAGCGGGAGGUGGACGAGAUCCUCCGUGAUAUUGACCUCAACGGGGACGGCCUGGUCGACUUUGAAGAAUUUGUGAGAAUGAUGUCUCGCUGAGACUGCACAGAAGCUGGAGGCAGCAGACUGGACUUGGGACCAGAGCCACUGCCUGCCAGUGUGUUCCUGGAAGCCCCUCACCUCCAAAUGGGACCCUUCUCCUUUUCCUCCCUGCCCCGACCUGUGUGCAACGCCCUUGCCUGCCCUCACCCCCACCCCUACUUCUCCACCAAGCCC